AUGGAAAAUGUUGCUUUGGCAAUGAUGUUAUGCUGUCAGAAACUGAUCCCUGAGUCACAUUGGCAGCCAUACAUUAAAGUGCUUCCUGAAUGCUUCGAUACUCCUCUCUUCUUCACUGUUGAGCAAUUACAGUGUUUGCGUCCAUCACCAUUAUUCGAGGAAUCGUUAUUACUGUAUAGAAAUGUUUCAAGACAAUUUAUUCAUUUCUUAUUGGAAAUUAUACGCAGUGAUGAAUUUCGUCAUAGAAAGAAAAAAUCAAAAGACAAGAUAUCAGAGCUGGAACCAAUAUAUGUUAAUUCUCCUCUUACUGCAGCAAAUUUCACGUUCAACCUAUAUCGAUGGUCCGUAGCUUGCAUCUCAACGCGUAUUAAUAUGAUACCGAGUGAAGUAUGGAAAGAUGACAUAGGUCAACCACGAAUGAUACCUGGAUUGAUACCAUUUCUGGAUAUGGCAAAUCACAGUUACACUGAGAGCGCUUUCCAUGAAGCAGUACAUUUUUCGGAUGAAUUUGACUGUGCAGAAGUCAUUGCUGUUCGAGAUUAUAAACCUUUAGAACCCGUGAAUAUUUUCUACGGCUGGCGAAGUAAUCGUGAUUUUCUGUUGCAUAAUGGUUUUAUACCUCUCGAGAAAAACAUUCGAGACAUUUAUAAGCUGAAAAUUGGACUUCCAAAAUCGAAACGUGAAGAUGCACGGAUGCGUCUGUUCCAUGCUCUUGGCUUUGUUGCUGAAUCGACAAUUUUUGCUUUCGAAAUAAGCGUGUGUGAGCCAUAUUUCCACGAUUCAUUGUUCCGUUUUGCUCAAAUUUAUAUUUUGGAUGAAGUCCCUUCAGCAGCUGAACAAGUUGAGGAAGCAGCAAGCUCUUCAGAUAACAUCAAGGGAGCUUGGAAUUUUCUUCAUGAUCGACUUCCAAAAUCGAAACGUGAAGAUGCACGGAUGCGUCUGUUCCAUGCUCUUGGCUUUGUUGCUGAAUCGACAAUUUUUGCUUUCGAAAUAAGCGUGUGUGAGCCAUAUUUCCACGAUUCAUUGUUCCGUUUUGCUCAAAUUUAUAUUUUGGAUGAAGUCCCUUCAGCAGCUGAACAAGUUGAGGAAGCAGCAAGCUCUUCAGAUAACAUCAAGGGAGCUUGGAAUUUUCUUCAUGAUCGUUUCGCUCUUCUUCUUAGAGCAUAUGGCAGAGUAAUCGACCCAGUUAGAGUAACAUAUCCAAAACCGUCCGGAUUCAGCAUUUCAUCUGAUACAAUCCGCAAAUCUAUGAUUGAAAGGUUGAAAUUAUCAGAAAUAGAAAUUUUGCAAAAAGCGAAAGAUUUUUGUAGCAAACAGCUGCUAGAAGCGGCGUAAUCAGUAGAAAAAGUUUCUUCUUAGUUGAGUAAAAUUCUGC